UGACAGGGAAUUAGAAGUUUAUCUAAAAUCACCCUCCACUUGCCAGGCUGUAAUGGGUGGAGCCAUAUGGGUGAGUGAAGGUUGGCAGGUAUCUGAAGACAACAGAAACUCACAUCAGCUGGCUGAAUGUCUGUGCCUCCACAAGUCCCCUCACCCCCUGUGCUCUCACAAUUGCUUUUGAAAAGGUUUUCUGGCUUCAAAGAAAUCAAAUCAAAUUCGUUACCACGCAAAUUGAAAUUUGCAGGCUGGAGUCAUCCUAGAAGUUGUAAACAUCAUUUAAAAGAAGAUUUCAGUCUCCUUCUGUUUCUGCUUUCUCUAAGGAGCUGUUUUGUGCUGUUUGACCCCUUCCUACCUGGAAUGGAACAAAGCAUUGAACAGACAACGGAGGUCUUGUUGUGUCUGUCACCUGGAGAAGCUGCUGACCUGAAGGAAGGAAUCAAUUUCUUGAGAAAUAAGAAGACCGGCAAAGAUUUCAUUCUGUACAAGAAUAAGAAUCGCGUGAGGGCGUGCAAGAACGUGUGCAAGCAUCAAGGAGGCCUGUUCAUAAAAGACAUCGAGGAUUUAGACGGAAGGUCUGUCAGAUGCACAAAGCACAACUGGAGGUUGGAUGUGAGCACCAUGAAAUACGUCAAUCCCCCAGGCAGCUUCUGUCAAGACGAACUAGUUGUUGAAAUGGAUGAAGAAAAUGGACUUUUACUUCUAGAACUGAAUCCUCCCAAUCCCUGGGAUUCAGAACCCAGAUCUCCUGAACAUUUGGCUUUUGGAGAAGUACAGAUCACGUACCUCACCCACGCCUGCAUGGACCUCAAGCUGGGAGACAAGAGGAUGGUGUUUGACCCCUGGUUAACGGGUCCUGCGUUCGCCCGAGGCUGGUGGCUGCUGCACGAGCCUCCGUCUGAUUGGCUGGAGAGGCUGUGCCAGGCAGACCUGAUUUACAUCAGUCACAUGCACUCAGACCACCUGAGUUACCCCACACUGAAGGAACUGGCUGCGAGAAGACCGGAUAUUCCCAUUUAUGUUGGAAACACGGAAAGACCUGUAUUUUGGAAUCUGAAUCAGAGCGGUGUCCAGUUGACCAAUAUCAAUAUAGUGCCAUUCGGAAUAUGGCAGCAGGUAGACAAAAAUCUUCGAUUCAUGAUCUUGAUGGAUGGCGUUCAUCCUGAGAUGGACACUUGCAUUAUUGUGGAGUAUAAAGGUCAUAAGAUACUUAAUACAGUGGACUGCACCAGACCCAAUGGGGGAAGGUUGCCUGAGAAGGUUGCUCUAAUGAUGAGUGAUUUUGCUGGAGGAGCAUCAGGCUUUCCAAUGACUUUCAGUGGUGGAAAAUUUACCGAGGAAUGGAAAGCCCAAUUCAUUAAAGCAGAGAGGAAGAAGCUCUUGAACUACAAGGCCCGGCUGGUGAAGGACCUACAACCCCGAAUUUAUUGCCCCUUUGCUGGGUAUUUUGUGGAAUCUCACCCAUCAGACAAGUAUAUUAAGGAAACAAACAUCAAAAAUGACCCAAAUGAACUCAACAGUCUUAUCAAGAAAAACUCUGAUGUGGUAACAUGGACCCCACGGCCUGGAGCCACUCUCGAUCUGAGUCGGAUGCUAAAGGACCCAACAGACAGCAAGGGCAUCAUAGAGCCUCCAGAGGGGACCAAGAUCUACAAGGAUUCCUGGGACUUUGAACCCUAUUUGAACAUCUUGAAUGCUGCUGUAGGAGAUGAGAUAUUUCUUCACUCAUCCUGGAUAAAAGAAUACUUCACUUGGGCGGGAUUUAAGGAUUACAACCUGGUGGUCAGGAUGAUUGAAACAGAUGAGGACUUCAGCCCUUUUCCUGGAGGAUAUGACUAUUUGGUUGACUUUCUAGACUUAUCCUUUCCAAAAGAAAGACCAAGCCGGGAACACCCGUAUGAAGAAAUUCGGAGCCGGGUUGACGUCAUCAGACAUGUGGUAAAGAACGGUCUUCUCUGGGACGACUUGUAUAUAGGAUUCCAAACCCGGCUGCAAAGGAGUCCUGACAUAUACCAUCACCUGUUUUGGAACCAUUUUCAAAUAAAACUCCCUCUCACGCCACCCAACUGGAGGUCCUUCCUGAUGCACUGUGGGUAGAGCAGACCUGAGCUUCCCAGAGAUGCCAAACAACAUAGAAAAUUCAAGAAUUUACUGAUGCUACGUCUUGAACACAGGAAGCUUAUACCAAAGGGACUUAUGCCUUAUUGAAAUCAACAGUGGAUAAUUACAUGUUGCAUUUGUGAGACGUUCACAUAUGUUUGUGGAUCACUACAUAGCCAGAUAAUUUAGAUUUCACUUAUUCCAUACACAAUUCUCUGUAAAAGAGGUGAUGAACCCUACAGGAACAGAUUGUCUAUGGGAAACCAAUCAUAACAGGAAGAGAUGUGAAUCUGAGGGUUGAAGAAAUAGAACAGGAGGAGACAGAAUUCCCUCAAGGACAACAAGGAAACUGGAAGGGGGUGAGGUAACAAAAGUUGGGUUAGAAAAAGAGAAGAAGGAAGUGAAAUGGAUAAACGAGUGACUGUAACAAGAAAGCAGGAAGGAGAAAAACUUAAAAUAGUAUUAUGAAAGAAGAAUCUAACAAUAGACAUUUUGUUCCUUAAUAGAUUGAUUUCCCAAAUAGGGUCCAUUAAGAGAGUCAGGUAAGAGGACUUGUGGGCUGUUUUGAAAAAGAUUGUUGAAAUGCAUGCAUUUGCCAAAACAAGGCUGCAGAGGCUGCCCUAAAAGGAAAACUUUCAUUGGGACUGAAAUUAUCUUGAUUCUGGGGCAAAAUUAGUCAUUUCCUGCAGCUUAUAAAUUCUAACAAAUGGAAAGAUCUUUGGCUAAUAAAAAAAAAUGAACACUAGCUAGUAAUGAGUUUUGUAGACAAAAAUCUUUCAAAAUCAAUAGAAAAGUCAACAACAAGCAUCCAUACCUUGAAAAAGUUGGGAAAUCCUCUUCUGACCGUACAAAAACAUCGUUUCAGUGGUUGAGAUAGGCAACUAAUUUAUCUAUCUAGUUUCUGCUACUGUCUGUAAUUUUGGGUGAUAUUUGCACGAUUAAGGCACAGCCAUGCACAUGUAUCCCUAGGAAAUGUGAUUGUUAACAAGGUUGCUAUUUUAUGUGUUGAUGUUGCUAGUACAACACACGCACACACACACCUCUCAUCGACUGAACUUCAAUGUUGAUUUUCUGACUGUACAUACUACCUCUUUAAUUCUGAAGAUACAAGAAUCCAGUGGUGAAUUUACCUCCUUAAAUAUCUGAAUUCACACUUCGUAAUGGAAAGGUUGAUCCAUUUCUCAUGACAAUUAAUACCAAUGAUGUUUCAUUUUUCUGGUUCACCUCACACAUUAUGCAUGUAAUUCAGGAAUUGUAUUUUGUGAUUUACACUGUGUGGUAAACUAUUCAAUCAUUACUGAAAAAUAAAUGUAAUAUAUAUCGA